AUGAGAUUCGACACAUCCUUAAGCCAAGUUAUUAAAUGGCUGCAAGAUAUUCCCAUUCGUUCUCAGCCUUCCGACGCAGACUUCGACACGCAAUCCACGACGAAACGACGACUAUCAUCAGCAGCGGAUUCUCCACCUGCGAAACGGCGCCAGCUUCCUUCUCCCCCAGCGUCACAGCGAUACAGACAGAACAUGGAGGGUAUAUCGACACCGAACAAGAAGCGAUUGGCAGAGGGAGAACCAUCAAGUCAAUACGAGAGGGAAGAUGAAAACACACCCAAAGCGGCGGCCACUAGCAGAGGGCAAGCAGGACGGGGCAAGGCCUCGAGUGCCUCGUCGCAGUCGGGCAGUUCGUGUUCACACGACAGUAAACGCUCCAGGGGAUCUGCGUCACCGAUGAAGAUGUGGCCGUUGGUAGGAUCAGCAGGCCAUCAACUUGUGCGGGGGAAUGCAUUUGGCUUGCGACCCCCGGCUGUCACAGCGCUUGCCAGUACCUUCUCUCAGAUCAACAGGACCCGCUCGAUUAUGCCCAAGAGCAUUCAAAAACCUCUUGAAAAGUUGGGAGAGGAUGUGGACGACACCAUGUUUUAUGACGAUGAUGCAGCGAUCGAUGGGCCUUGUGGAAAGGAUUUGAUCAGACUUGCACAGCGCAUCGCAAAGCACUCCAAUACUUGCUCGAGUCAACUGCAGGAUGAGGGCGCGUGGAACAACCUCGUGCAUACUCGAGUGCUAGAUAUGUUUAUCCACGACUUCCAAAACAGCCCAGGCCAAGACCAAUGCGACUUCAUGCCAUGCAUCACAACGAACAUGAACCUCGAACACCACCGCUUCAACGAAUCCGCAAGCCGCGUGGACUAUAUUAUCCGCCUCCUCCCCAAUGACGACGAUGACUCACCAGCAUGCUUCACCCCCAGCAGAAUGCCCUCACGCAACUGGACGUCCAACCAACUGCUCCCCAUAGCAUUCAGCAUCGAGACUAAGCGUUACGGCGGUGAUGUUACAAAAGGCGAGCAACAGUUGGGUAUCUGGACGGCGGCACAAUGGGAAUUUCUCAUCAAAAUGUCUAGCGCCGAGGCAGUGAAAGAGCUGGCGUAUAUUCCGGGUGUGAUUGUGUCUGGAGAGACCUGGUCGCUUGUUAUAACGACAAGGACAGGGGUACGGACCACUGUUUAUCCUGGUAUCCCGUUUGGUAAUACUGGGACUGUUAUUGGUGUAUUCCAGGUUAUUGCUGGUCUAUGUAGGUUACGGACAUGGGCCUUGGAGAAACUAUGGCCGUGGUAUCAGAAAUAUCUUCCUGGUUUGGCACCGCCUAAAAUUAGCCAGCCAUCGGUUAUGGAGAGUUGUGACCUAAGCACAGCUAUCUCACUGGAAUGA